AUGGCCUCCCCAGAGCCGACCUUGUCUGUCGACCAUCUCUUUGCCCUGAGCGAUGCAGAGCUCGCCGACUUCAUGAAGAAGAACCGACCUCCCGACGGCGGUUAUGAGCUUCCCGUUGACGGCUGGGAUAAGCUGUCAAGAGAUGAACGACAAAAACUGGCAGAGAGGCUGAAGGCCCAAGAACGAGCCCUGGCCCAGAGCCCUACAGCUUGUUCGCGCCCCCUCGAUCUCAACGAGCUCGAAGCACGCCUACGCGACGUAUCCGAUGGCAAUCGCACCUCUUUGCCAUCUCCAUCGCGGACCGCCGAGAGACUUGGAUCUAUGACUCCCGGCACCAUGCGAGAACGCUGGGCCAGAGACGGCGAGACGGAGGCUUAUCAUGACCUCGUCAACGAUGGUGGCCGCCCGUUAUACCCCAUAGACCUUCUGGACCAGGUGUUGAAGAACUCAGGGGAGCAUGGCGAAAUGCUGCGACCUUGGCAGAAUCCUAGUGACCCGAAGUCAUGGAGUUUAUUCGAGAGGCAGCUGCAGAGAUGGCAGGAUUUCCGGAAAUGGCAAAUCGAUAACCGAGAUCUUGAAGACGACGAUGGCGGCUUCCCCGAUUACGUCGAGGCGGUAAGGCGUCGCCUGGCGCGACACGAAUUCACCCGACCGUUCCAGCUGAGGGAGGACCCCAAGCAACAGGACAAACUGACAACCUGGAUCGAAUACCUCAACUUCGAGUACUGGUGGUUCGACCGGUACACUAAAUCUGCCGAGCGCCUGAAGCCAGAUCACGACAAGGCCUGGCAGGAGCUUGUGGACUUCAAUGUGUUGAGGCCUCACGAGACCGAGGAAUCCGUACGGACUCUGGCGUCCGCGAUGAAGGCCCAGGCAGAAGAUGACCGGGCCAAGAAGGCUGUGCAGCAGGCAAUGUCAGAGGCUAAAAAGGUCUACACGUUAACCCAGCAGGACCCAAAGCGCUUAGAUAUUCCCAAAGCCAAGCGUAUAUCAAUGAUGAAAGCUGCUACGGUUAAACUAAAUGCGGCAAAAGCUCGGCGGGAAUCAGUCAAGAGACGCAACGACCGCGUCACAGCUUUUGUUCGGGCGACAUUCGACUACGUGGGUGCAAAAAAGGACGCAGCCCGCCACAGCAUCCUCCUGCCAUGGGUCCUGGAGCAAGUUCCUUUGAUCGAGACCGAGGUGAUCCAGUCCGAAACGCACAAGGCAAGUCCUAGUGGGAACAGGAGGACGAAAAGGAGCUUCACCUCCGAGGAGGAUCAUGCAAGGAAGCGACGCUGUAAGAGGCAGAAGCUCGAACAUCAGAAGCCAGGCUCGCUUUCAGGCAGCAGCACAACCGCCCUGGCAGGAGCCGGAGAGACGCGUACGGAACGUCAGUUUGGUGUUCACCAAACCGAAGCACAGGGCUCACAGACGCAACUGCUUGCACCCGAACGUGCGGAUCGGAUUGAGACCAAGGACACCCGCGAAACCUCGACAACCGCCAAGGUCUCUGGAUGA